AUGGCGGACCAAUCCCAGUACAAGUAUGCGAACAUGUCUAACCUGGUCCUCCAGGUAGAUAAACGGUUUACUCACCGACGCACAGACGAGGCUACUGGAGACCCAGAAUCGUUAGCCGGGAAGGUUGACAUUAAGCAGAUGGGAGACCGUGCAUUGCGUGACAAUGCGCCGAAGGAGAAGCAUAUCAAAAAGAAGAAGCAGUUGAAAGAAAAAGGCAUCGAUGGGCUAGAAGAUGGAAAGGAGGAGAAGCGGAAGCGGAAGCGAGAGUGCGUGCCAAUUCCGGUCCCGGUUUUGAUCACUUUGCAGUGAAAACACGUUUCGAGACUAACCGACAAACUGCGCAGUGCUGCUACCUCACAUGGAGGGAGUAUUCUUUCAGCUACAGACGAUGUCCUCGGCCUCGUAUAUCACCCACGCACUGCUGAAACGAGGGAGGCUUACUCGCUCAUUCUUACCCUGGUUUCUUCGGUCCUCGGCGAUGUUUCUCAAUCGGUGGUUCGUUCAGCUGCCGAUGCAAUAUUAGAGAUUCUGAAGGAUGAAGACCAUUCAAAGAAGGAUCUUGAUAAAAAACGAGAGAUUGACGACAUUCUAGGGGAGAAAAUGCCAAACGAUAAAUUUACAGACUUAAUGAACCUAAGUAAGAAGAUCAAUGAUUGGGACGCUGGUGACGAAGAUGAGCAGAUGGAUGGGCGAGGAGACGGCGCCGGUACAGAGGAAUUAGACGAGCGAGAGGGUGUUGCCGUUGUUUUCGAUAACGAGGAUGAGGACGAAGAUGAGGCGGCAGAGUUUGAGGUUAAAGAUGGAGAUGAGUCCGAUGAGGAUGAGGAAGACGGGGACGAGGACAUGGAAGAUGAGCCGAAGGAGGAGGAAGCCGAAAGCGAAGACGAAUUGGUGAUUGGUGGGGCCAGAACCAAGCCCGGGGACAGAGGCAAACCAACUGUGGAUGAGCACGCCGUUCCUGCGCAUGAUAUUGAUGCCUUCUGGCUACAACGUCAAAUAUCUACUAAAUACCCCGACCCCCAUCUUGCGAGCUCAAAGACCACUAUUAUUUUCGAAAUUCUUUCAGAUCCGGAGAAGACACAGCGCGAUGUUGAAAACGAUCUUAUGGAGGUCUUUGACUAUGACCACUUCGAACUUGUUAAGCUCCUCAUGAAAAACCAGCCCAAGAUAGUUUGGUGUACCCGCCUUGCUAGGGCCGGUGAGUCCUCGGAGGAGCGGAUAGCGAUCGAAAACGAGAUGGUGAAAGAUGGCUACAGGCGAAUCUUAGAUGAGCUAAGAGGAAGGGAGGCCGAGGACGGGAAAGAGGGGAAGAGUAAAGGAAAGGCCGAUUUGAUGGAAAUCGAUGUACCGGCAUCUUCUAUCCCUUCAGCUUCUGCGGCUGAACAGAAGCCCGUCGGUCUUAUCGGAGGCCUCCAGCCGCGGGGGACAAUCGACCUAGAGUCCUUCAUAUUCGAGCAGGGGAAUCAUCUCAUGACAAACGCUAGCGUAAAACUUCCUCAAGGCUCCACUAAGAGAACUUUCAAAGGGUAUGAAGAGAUUCAUGUCCCAGCCCCCAAGCGUAAACUCGAUCCCAACGAGCCCAAAUUAAUACCAAUCUCCAACUUACCUGACUGGGUGAAGACCCCCUUUUCUGGGUCGAAGGAAUUAAACAGAAUUCAAACAAGGUGUUAUCCAUCAGCUUUCGAGGAUGAUGGCAAUUUGCUCAUCUGCGCUCCUACCGGUUCCGGAAAGACAAAUGUUGCGAUGCUAACAAUUCUUCGAGAGAUUGGGAAGCACCGCAAUCCCGUUACUGGGGAUAUCAAGCUUGAUGAUUUUAAAAUUGUCUAUAUUGCUCCUUUGAAAGCUCUUGUCCAAGAGCAGGUCGGAAAUUUUGGCAAACGGCUUGCUCCAUAUGGCAUCAAAGUCUCGGAGCUUACUGGUGACCGGCAGCUCACGAAACAACAAAUUGUGGAGACUCAAAUUAUCGUCACAACACCUGAAAAAUGGGACGUCAUCACCCGAAAAGCUACCGACCUGAGCUACACCAACCUUGUAAGGUUGAUUAUCAUUGACGAAAUUCACCUUUUGCAUGAUGAGCGCGGUCCCGUCCUUGAGUCGAUUGUGUCCAGGACAAUCCGAAAGAUGCAGACUACACAGGAGCCUGUCAGGCUUAUUGGGCUUUCCGCAACCUUGCCUAAUUAUCGGGAUGUCGCAAAUUUCUUGCGAGUCGAUAUAAAGACAGGUGCGCUCACUAUAAUACUAAUACCUAUAUCCAGUUUGAACUUGAAUAUUGAUCGUUUUUUACGACAGGUUUAUUCCACUUUGACGCAACCUUCCGACCCUGUCCUCUUAAACAAGAAUUUAUUGGGGUCACGGACAAGAAAGCCAUUAAGCAACUCCAAGCCAUGAACGAUGUUUGCUACACAAAGGUGAUUGAACAGGCGGCAAACAAUCAGAUGCUUAUCUUUGUUCACUCCCGUAAGGAGACUGCAAAAACUGCGAAGUACAUCAGGGACAAGGCUCUUGAACUAGAAACCAUCCAACGGAUUCUAAAAAGCGACGCCGGUACAAGGGAAAUUCUGCAACACGAAGCAGACCAGGUUGCGGACCCCAAUCUGAAGGACUUGCUUCCAUACGGAUUCGCCAUUCAUCAUGCUGGAAUGAGCAGAACGGACAGGAGUACAGUUGAAGAUUUGUUCUCAGAUAAGGCCAUUCAGGUUCUGGUCUGCACGGCUACCCUUGCGUGGGGUGUCAAUCUCCCCGCCCAUACAGUCAUCAUUAAGGGUACACAGGUCUAUUCCCCCGAGAAGGGAAGUUGGGUGGAAUUAAGUCCUCAGGACGUGUUGCAGAUGCUUGGUAGAGCCGGUCGGCCACAAUAUGAUACCUACGGUGAAGGUAUAAUCAUUACAACACAAGCGGAGACGCAGUACUAUCUCAGUCUGCUGAAUCAGCAAUUACCCAUCGAAUCGCAAUUCAUGCGGAAGCUGGCAGACAAUUUGAACGCUGAAAUUGUGCUUGGAACUAUCAGGACACGGGAUGAGGCUGUGGAAUGGCUCGGUUAUACUUAUUUAUAUGUGCGAAUGCUAAGGUCACCAGCUCUCUAUUCAGUUGGAGCAGAUUAUGCAGACGACGAGGCCUUGGAACAGAAGCGGGUAGACCUAAUUCACUCGGCUGCUGCAGUGUUGGAGAAGUGCAACCUAGUCAAAUACGACAAGAAGACUGGAAAGCUGCAGUCUACAGAACUUGGGAGGAUUGCAAGCCACUAUUAUAUCUCUCACAAUUCAAUGUUUACUUAUAACAUCCAUCUUCAACCAGCAUUAACCACAAUCGAAUUAUUCAGGGUAUUUGCACUAAGCGAGGAAUUUAAGUAUAUUCCAGUGAGAUCGGAGGAACGUUUGGAGCUUGGCAAGCUUCUCACUAGGGUCCCUAUCCCAGUGAAGGAAAGCAUUGAGGAGCCUCAAGCCAAAAUUAAUGUUCUCCUUCAGGCUAAUAUCUCCAGGUUAAAGCUGGAGGGGCUGGCUUUGAUGGCUGACAUGGUUUAUGUCACCCAAUCAGCCGGCCGUAUCCUGAGAGCUAUCUUCGAGAUCUGUCUCAAGCGUGGUUGGGCCUCAGUUACGAAAACUGCCCUCGAUCUUUGCAAGAUGGCCGAAAAGAGGAUGUGGCCAACUAUGACCCCGUUCCGACAGUUUGCUCCGGCCCCUGCGAAUCAACUCGGCCCCAUUGUAACAAAGGCCGAGCGUGCUGCUGAGUUCACCUGGUCCAAGUACUUUACUAUGGAUCCCCCUCACCUAGGGGAGCUUUUCAACAGUGCAAGGGCGGGAAAGUUGGCCCAUGGCCUACUAGAGAGGUUUCCGAGGUUAGAUGUUCAAGCCCAAGUGCAGCCAGUGACUAGGAGCCUUCUCAAGGUUGAAUUGACUAUCACACCCGACUUCAUCUGGGACGACGCAUACCACGGCACAGCAGAGACAUUCUGGAUCUUGGUUGAAGAUUGCGACGGUGAAGAAAUACUGUUCCACGAUCAAUUCAUUCUACGCAAGCAAUACGCCGAAAGCGAAAGCAAUGAUCAUCUAGUUGAGUUCACGGUGCCAAUGACAGAACCAAUGCCUCCCAAUUACUUUAUCACCGUUGUUUCCGAUAGGUGGAUGCACUCAGAGACUAAGCUGGCUGUAUCGUUCCGGAAAUUAAUCCUUCCAGAGAAGUUCCCACCACACACCCCCUUAUUGGACCUUGUGCCUUUACCCGUUGAGGCGUUGAAAAAACCGGAAUUUGUCAAUCUCUAUCCCGAAUGGCGACAGUUUAAUAAGAUACAAACUCAAGUGUUCAAAUCCCUAUUCGACACAGACGAUAACGUGUUCAUUGGGGCACCCACUGGAAGCGGGAAAACGGUUUGUGCGGAGUUCGCGCUUCUCCGGCAUUGGUCUAAGGACGAAGAGUCCGGAAGGGCGGUAUACAUCGCUCCCUUCCAAGAACUAGUCGACCAGAGGUACGCAGAUUGGAAGGCGAAGCUCAGUAAGAUCGAUGGUGGCAAGGAAAUCGUCAAGUUAACUGGGGAAACGAGUACGGAUUUGAAGCUCCUUGAAAGAGGUGACUUGGUCCUGGCCACACCAACACAAUGGGACGUGCUUUCAAGGCAGUGGCAACGACGUAAGAACGUGCAAACGGUAGAGCUAUUCAUUGCCGACGAGCUUCACAUGCUAGGGGGACAAAACGGUUUCAUUUACGAGAUUGUUGUCUCCAGAAUGCACUACAUUGCUGUACAGACAGAAAACCCAAUGAGAAUUGUUGCUCUAAGCGUCUCAUUAUCGAACGCUAGAGAUCUGGGCGAAUGGAUUGGAGCCGACAAGCACACUAUUUACAACUUUAGUCCCAGCUCACGUCCUACUCCAUUGGAGAUCCACAUCCAGUCCUACGGCAUUCCGCAUUUCCCAUCGAUGAUAAUGGCAAUGGCAAAGCCUGCCUACCUAGCCAUAUCCUCAGCGCCUCUAGACAAGCCAGUAAUUGUCUUCGUCCCAAGUCGAAAGCAAUGCCGAUCCAGCGCCCUAGAUAUUCUAGCGUAUUGUGUUGCCGACGAUGAUGAAGACAAAUUCCGGAACACCAAUUUGGAGGAUAUUUCCUCACAUUUAAAACUUAUCCAGGAGAAGCCGCUUGUAGAGAGCCUGUCGCAUGGAAUUGGGUAUUACCAUGAGGCGCUGAGCAAGAAUGACAAGCGUAUCGUUGAAAGCCUAUUCGAGGGCGGCGCUUUCAAGGUCCUUCUAGCCUCCAGAGAUGUUGCUUGGGAAAUAAACACCACCGCUCAUAUGGUGAUUGUUAUGGGCACCCAAUUCUUUGAGGGGAGGGAACAUCGUUACAUUGACUACCCUCUGAGUGAGGUUCUUCAGAUGCUUGGGAAGACGUCAAGGCCAGGCGAGGACAAAUUCGGUAAAGCUAUUCUAAUGACCACAGCCGUAAAGAAAGACUACUACCGAAAAUUCUUGAAUGAAGCUCUCCCUAUUGAGAGCCAUCUUCCGGCAUAUCUACAUGAUGCUUUCGUCACGGAAAUAAGCACGAAGACCAUCGGGUCGACCCAGGAUGCUGUUGACUGGUCGACCUAUACAUACUUUUACCGCAGACUUCUCGCCAACCCGAGCUAUUACAGCCUAACAGAUACCUCCCACGAAGGGCUCAGUACUCAUCUCUCCGAGAUGGUAGAAAACACCCUCAAAGAUUUGGCUGAGGCCAAGAUCGUUGAUAUCGAUGAAGAAGAUGACACCGUCACUCCCCUCAACGCCGCCAUGAUCGCAGCAUACUACAACAUCUCCUUUAUCACAAUGCAGACAUUCCUGCUCUCACUCACGGGCAAGACAAAACUCAAGGGCAUCCUAGAAAUUGUCACCUCAGCCACCGAAUUCGAGUCUAUCCAGAUCCGCAGACACGAGGACCGGGUAUUACGCCGCAUCUACGACAACGUCCCAGUAAAGAUGUCACAGCCAAACUACGAAUCCCCGCACUUCAAAGCAUUUGUACUUCUCCAAGCCCACUUCUCCAGAAUGCAGCUCCCCGCCGACCUAGCAACCGACCAGGCUGUUGUAUUGCGCAAGAUCCUCAACCUCCUGAGCGCUUGCGUGGACGUUUUGUCCUCAGAAGGCCACCUGAACGCUAUGAGCGCUAUGGAAAUGAGCCAGAUGUGUGUCCAGGCGAUGUGGGAUCGCGACAGCGCACUCAUGCAAAUCCCCUUUUUCACACCAGAGCGUGUCAAGGCUGCCGGCGAACUCGGGUACGUUUCAUUUCCCUCCCCCUUUCCCCAAAUAAUGAUAAUACCCAAACCAACACGUGUCACAGCAUCAAAACAAUCUUUGAUUUCAUGGACACCAUGGGCGAAGACUCCACCCGCACCCACCUCCUCCAGCGAACCUCCAUCACCGAAUCCCAGCUCGGCAAAAUUGCGCACUUCACCAACAAAAAAUACCCCAAUAUCGACCUCGCCUACGAACUCGAAGACCCCGACUCAGUGGUUGCUGGUUCCCCCUCCUAUAUCAAGGUCAAAAUCGAGCGCGAGCUCGACGAGGAAAACGAGAAAUCAGAGGUGGACACGACAGUGCACGCCCCUUUCUACCCCCAAAACAAAAUGGAGAAUUGGUGGAUUGUUGUUGGUGAGGAGAGCAGCAAGAAUCUUUUAGCGAUCAAGAGGGUUACGAUCGGCAGGAAACUGGAUGUUAGGUUGGACUAUACCGUACCGGAUCCUGGUAGGCAUGAACUCAAGCUAUUCUUGAUGAGCGAUAGUUAUGUCGGAGUUGAUCUUGAAGAGGAUUUUGAGGUUGAGGCUGCGGAGGGAAUGGACGAGGACGACGAUGAAGAGGACGAUGACGAGUAGAUUUCAAUUUUCCUCCGAUAAUAGGAUUGAUUGGAAGCGAAAAGGAGGGGGAGGGGUACUUGGGAGAUUGUAAUCUAGUUCUUUUCUUGUCUUUGCUUGGCUGAACGGGGGAACGGUGGGGGGGUUUAUCAAAUUAAAUACCGCUGCUAUUUUUUCCUUGUUCGUCGUGUUUUUAACGGUUGUUUAUGAACAAUGCACUGUAUUGUAGCGAUAGUCUAGAUGUCAAAAAAAAAAACAGCCCGAAUCAUGUC